CACCACCCCUAAAUAACCUUCAAGAUGCCUCCCAAGGUUCGCGCUGCACCUGCACAGGAAGUCUCUCUCGGACCUCAGGUCGGAGAGGGUGAGCUCGUAUUCGGCGUUGCUCGAAUCUGUGAGUAGACUAAGAGCUGGAAGUAGAGUAUGCUGCAGCUGCAAUUCCGAAAGAGAGGAGAGAGGGGAGGUGAUGGGGGCAAAGUCAAAGAUGUGACAGGCAUGGAGGUCUAACAGGAGGGAUGGAAGAGAGAAGGUGUUCACCUCAUGCUGAGGUUGACAAUAUCCAGAUGCGGAGAGCAUUAUUGUCGGCAGUGUAGGAUACCCACUGGAAGACACUUCAUCACAUCCCAAUGAGUUCAAAGUCACAGUAGCUGACUUCCCUGCCUUCUCCAUCAACUCCCUUCCCUACGUCCAGUCGCAUCCUUCAACGACACCUUCGUCCACAUCACCGAUCUCUCCGGCAAGGAAACCAUUGUCCGUGUCACCGGCGGUAUGAAGGUCAAGGCCGACCGUGACGAGUCUUCUCCUUACGCCGCCAUGUUGGCCGCUCAGGACUGUGCUGCCCGCUGCAAGGAAGUCGGUAUCACUGCCCUGCACGUUCGCCUGCGUGCCACUGGUGGAACCGGUACCAAGACCCCCGGCCCUGGUGCCCAGAGUGCUCUUCGUGCUCUUGCCCGAUCUGGUAUCAGGAUUGGAAGGAUCGAGGAUGUCACCCCCGUCCCCACCGACUCUACCAGGAGGAAGGGUGGUCGACGUGGUCGUCGUCUGUGAGCGACGCGGCUACGCUCCAGCCUCAUUCCUUCAACGAUGCACUUCCGUAUCAAAGCGCUUUGUUGUCAAGCUCGGCAUUUUCGGGCUGCAAUGGAGAGGAUGAAUCUCUUCUCUACCUCAGCUCCUCUCAAUGUCACACCUUUUACAUCAACUCGUCUAGCUACGCCAGCAUCGUCAUUCCCACCACCCCAGUUCUCGGACCCCGAUUCGCGCGGGCAGGGCCUCUCGUUGGCAAUUGCAGUCCCAAAGGCUGCACUUUCCUCGAACAGCCUCCCCCGGCGCGCCGAACCGUUCUUGUACCACAAUUUUUCAUCUUUCUUUUCUUACACGUCCUCAAAACAUUGUUGAUUCUGAUCAUCAGCUACAACAUCGCGUUCAGUCUCUGUGUGCUGCUAGCAACCUUGUGAAAG